UUUCCCCUCCUCCUCCUCCUCUGUCUCAAGGCUCUCGCCAACCUCCCUUCGGAAGAUGGCCGGGCUAAACAGCAAGACCCAUGCAGCGGAGGUGCCGAGAAGCAGCCGCCGAGGGGUCGUGAUUUCAGAUGAUUGGCCUGGGUAUAGUUUAGAACUGUUUACAUAUCCACAACACUACUAUGGAGAUCUUGACUAUGUGCUCAUACCGCAUGGGAUCAUUGUGGACAGGACAGAAUGUUUGGCCAAAGAUAUCAUGCAAGACAUUGGAUACAAUGACAUUGUAGUUCUCUGUGUACUUAAAGGUGGCUACAAAUUCUGUGCUGACCUUGUGGAGCAUAUUAAGAACCUCAGUAGAAAUUCAGAAAGGUUCAUCUCCAUGAAAGUUGACUUUGUCAGACUGAAAAGUUACCUGAAUGACCAGUCUAUGCAAGAUACACAGAUCAUAGGGGGAGAUGACUUCUCAAAGCUGGCUGGAAAGAACGUAUUAAUUGUGGAGGAUAUCAUUGGAACCGGAAGAACGAUGAGAGCUCUCCUCAGCAAAAUUGAAAAAUGCAAGCCCAAGAUGGUCAAGGUGGCAAGUUUGCUGGUGAAAAGAACAUCUCAGCCUAAUGGAUACAGACCAGACUAUUAUGGAUUUGAAAUUCCAAAUUUAUUUGUGGUGGGCUAUGCUUUAGACUACAAUGAGUACUUCAGAGAUCUAAAUCACAUAUGUGUUAUCAAUAACCAUGGGAAAGCCAAAUACAGAGUCUAAGAAAUAACCGGCUAGCCUGAACUGGAAAACUGACAGUCCCCUUGAAGCAUCUCCUGAAGAACAAUUGAACUGACACCCGUCUCAUUCAGCCUGGACUAAAAAGUGGACCCUUCUUUCUAAGG